AUGGAUGAGUAUCAUGCGUGGUCGUCACAGGUGAAUGGCGGAUACGAAGAAAAUGUAAAUCACUGUCUCCCUCCUAUCGACACACAGCAUUUUGCGAACUCGUCUAACUAUUUGCAUGAGAGGCAACUAUUACCAGACCAUCAAAUGCCUUUGGAAUACCAGGAAUCCUCCUUCAACCCAUCGUCAUAUCAACCAUCCUUCCAGCAAGAGGCAGCCUCAUAUCUUAAUAAUGCGAAUGCCGUGAUAAACAAUCCCCACGAUGAAAGAAAUGCUUACCUGUCAACGCAACGAUGCGAACUCAACUACAAUGAGUGUGAAUAUUUUAAGCCAAAUAUGAAUGCUUCUGAAUACAAUCAAAAUUUGCAAGUCAGUGAACCUAUAAACGGAGUUUAUGGAUUGCAGCAGGACCAACCAUUCCAACAAUAUCAAAGUCAAUUAUACGGGGCUUCAGACACCCAAGAAGCUACGUUAAGUGUAACAGGCAGCAACUCCCUACAAUUCGACACGGGGUUGCAUUACACAUGUCAAACACCCAAUUCUCUCUUUAAUACCUCACAAAUGGUCAACAGGACUGAAAUCCUAGAGGAAGGCGGUUACAAAGACUCACCACCAACUACAAUAGAGGACUUUGGGGCUGCUGGAUCACAAUCGCAACAAGCAUCAUCAACUUUGCAGUCAGGGCAGGAUCAGGAUUUGUACACCGUCCUGUUGGUCAUUGCCCAAGGGGUGCCGAAAGUGUUUCCUUCAUGCUUGGUUAGUCAAAGAGGACAAUUCUCAUCCAUCUGUGUGGCGGGAGCAGAUUUUAAGCAUCCAACGUUGGGAGAAAGAUCGACAAUUACUCUACGAUUGCGUGACAGAGAGAUCUGGCAGAUGAUAUGGCCGCACAAAAUGGAGAUGAUUACCAGCAAAAAUGGCAGACGAAUAUUUCCAACACUUUCAAUCAGCAUUGAAGGCUUGGAGGUUGAUGAAUUGUACACAAUUUUCAUGGACUUAGUGCCAAAGGACCAGUUUUCAUACAGAUUUCAGUCAAGCCAUUGGACACCUCAUCACGCUCACAACUCACCUUCGCAGAGUCAAUCUUCCUGCAUCUACGUGUCACGCAGACUACGAGAAAAGGGAUCGCAGUUGAUGAUCAGCGGAGUCGAUUUCACUCAAGUGAAGAUCACCAACAAUGCUGCAACUGCUAUAAGCAGGAAACAGAUAUUUGCUCGCAGUAUGCAAAUUUACCAACCGCGGUACCACGUUGUUCGUCACUUGGCGUCGAAGGAGGCAGUUGUGCGUCAGUCAUUUGUAAACGCUUGGCAAGGCAAUUUUUCACCCCAUGUGGAGCAUGUAGGAACCUACAUCAUUCCAGAGACAGAGUUCGUAGCCGUCACUGCGUAUCGUAAUAAGCACAUUUCUGAUGCAAAGAUCGAAGCAAAUCCCUACGCCAAGGCAUUUAGAAAUCGUCGACGCUCGUAA